AUGAGCAAGAUCCACAAGUUUUUCAAGGGCGGCGGCGGCGGCUACUCCAAGGGCAAAGGCAAGGGGGGGCCCACGCCCCAGGAGGCCUUGGCCCGCCUGCGGGAGACGGAGGAGAUGCUGACCAAGAAGCAGGAGUACCUGGAAGCCAGGAUCCAAAAGGAGCUGGCCGUGGCCAAGAAACACGGCACCAGAGACAAGCGGGCGGCACUGCAAGCACUGAAGAGAAAAAAGAGAUACGAGAAACAGUUGAGCCAAAUUGAUGGGACGCUUUCCACCAUUGAAUUCCAGCGCGAAGCACUUGAAAAUUCCUACACAAACACCGAAGUGUUCAAGAACAUGGGCUAUGCUGCCCAAGCAAUGAAAAAAGUACAUGAAAAUAUGGAUCUGGACAAAAUUGAUGACAUGAUGCAAGAUAUCACUGAGCAGCAAGAUAUUGCACAGGAGAUAACGGAAGCCCUUACGAGAAAAGUUGGCGAUGAUUUCGAUGAGGAUGAGCUGCUGGCAGAAUUGGAGGAACUGGAGCAAGAAGAGCUCAACAACAAAAUGAGAAAUGUCCGAUUACCAAGUGUACCGUCCAUGCCGCUGCCCUCGCAACCUGUAUCUUCAAGGAAGAGAGUGGAGGAUGACGACGACAUGAAGCAGCUGGCAGCCUGGGCAUCAUAACAGUAUUUCGCAGGUUUAC